UAGAAAUAUAAUUUUGGAUGGAAUAGUUAAAAUAGUAACAAACAUACCACAAAAUGGCACAGGACAGUAGCAAUUCCACCAUGGAAAUGGGCACCAGUGAUCAGGUCCUGGUAGCCACAAAGAAGUCGAAAAAGCUGACCUACGUCAUCGGGGCGGUGGCCAUGGUUGUGGUGAUAGGUGUGGUGGUAGCACUGGCCGUGGUGCUCACUGGUAAUGACGCUGAAGCCGAUGCCAUCAUCUCGACUCCAGGUCCGACUAUCCCCACCACCAUAUCUUCAACUACCGUCCCACCUCCUACUACCGCUCCUCCCGCCACAACGACUGAACCACCAACGGAACCGCCACCCGAAGAACCUAUGAUAGAGUUGGAGGAUAUCAUCAAUGGGGAGUUCUCGACCGCGAGUUUCAACGGAACGUGGACGUCAGGAAACGACGUGUUGUUCAGAAACGAGUAUGGCGAUCUCGUGAAAUAUGACGUACAGACCAACAGCCACACUAUUCUAGUGUCUAAUACUUCACAGAUCCUACAGCAAUCAUUUAGAGUUACUGAAUUGUCUGCCGAUGAAAGAUACGUGGUCCUUUCAUACAAUGAAGAGUCGGUGUACAGAUACAGUUUUGACGCGCGUUACUCUGUAUACAACAUCUACACUGGCGAGGUAACCAACAUCGUGCCUCCUGGAGUGGAGCCUGCCGAUGCCAUCCUCCAGAACUUCAUCUGGGGACCCUCGGGCAGCAGCCUGGCCUUCGUCUACAAGAACAACAUCUACUACCAGGCUGAACUAACGAGCACACCCGUGCAGAUCACCACCACCGGUCAGGAGAGCGUGGUUUACAAUGGCGUCCCAGAUUGGGUCUAUGAAGAGGAAGUUUUCGCGUCCAACAACGCGCUGUGGUUCUCGCCUGACGGUGCCAGGAUAGCAUACGCCACGUUCGACGACACCAACGUUCGCAUCAUGAAGAUCCCCCACUUCGGUAUACCAGGGUCCGUGGACUACCAGUACACCAGGCAUCGGGAGAUACGGUACCCUAAACCUGGUACCACCAACCCCACUGUGUCAGUAACGCUCCGCACGCUGGCCUCCAACGCCCAGGUGGUCUACAGCCCCCCGACUACGUUAGAUCAGCCCAUACUGAAGACUGUGGCGUUCGUGGCCAACAACGCGAUCGCUAUAAUGUGGACCAACCGCGUGCAGACAUCACUCUCCGUGCAGCUGUGUACCGACGCGUCUAACCAGUGUACUCAGAUCUACACAUACACAGAAGCCAACGGAUGGAUAGACAACAUUCCCCUCAUCUUUAAUGAACAAGGAAACGCAUUCAUCACCAUUCUGCCUCAGACAGUGAACAACGUGGCGUACAAGCAGAUCGUGCAGGUGUCGGGCGGCAACGCGCAACUGUGGACGGCAACCAACCGCGUCAACGCCGCGCACACCGUACUGGAGAUCAUGACGUGGACCGCCGAUAAUGUCAUAUGGUACAAGGCGACGCACGUGAACGACACGGCGGAACAGCACGUGUACUCUGUGGACGGCAGCGGCGUGAUAACGUGCUUCACGUGCGAGCUGCAGCGCCCAGACGCCGGCAGCUGUCUCUACAACGACGCCGCCAUCAGCGCCAGUGGGCUGCUCAGCAUCAACUGUGCCGGACCGGACGUGCCGCAGAUAUUUAUACACGAUACGAACGGCACCUACCUGCGAUCCUGGGACGAUAACGCUCGCGUGUCCCAACUGGCAUCAACCUAUACACUACCGACCACCCUCCGUAUGUCGGUACCUCUGGGCGCGGGCUUGGAGGACGCUGACGUCCUCCUGCAAGUCCCUCACAACUACCUCGCAAGAACUGAUGUGCCGCUUCUGGUCUAUGUCUACGGCGGUCCCGACACGGCCCUCGUGACCAAGCAAUGGACAGUCGACUGGGGUACAUCUCUCGUCAGCCGCUACGGCAUCGCGGUGGCCCGCAUCGACGGCCGCGGCAGCGGGCUGAAGGGAGUCAACAACAUGUUCGCCGUCAACAGACACCUUGGAUCUGCUGAGAUUGAGGAUCAGAUCACUGUUACCAGGUACCUCCAGCAGCAACUACACUGGGUGGACGGCAACCGCACCUGCAUAUGGGGCUGGUCGUACGGUGGCUACGCGGCGUCUCUGGCCCUCGCCCGAGGGGGAGAUGUCUUCCGAUGCGCCAUUGCCGUCGCACCUCCAGUGGAUUGGCGAUUCUAUGACACCAUCUACACUGAGCGGUACAUGGACACUCCGCAGAACAACCUCCAGGCGUACAGCGAGUCCUCGUUGCUGAGCGAGCAAGUGGUUGAGGCGUACCGCAACAAACGUUACUUCCUCGUCCACGGCACGGAGGACGACAACGUCCACUACCAGCACGCCAUGCUCAUCUCGCGACUGCUGCAGAGGCGAGACGUGUACUUCACGCAGAUGAGUUACACAGACGAAGACCACGGCCUCGUUGGGGUGCGCCCGCAUCUAUACCACUCCCUGGAGAAAUUCCUCCGAGAGAACAUGCUAUAAUAGCUGCCAUACCAA